UCCGUUACUUCACACAGCAAUGAAUAUUUAUACACGUACUGUUCGCCCGUUUCCAAACGGCGAGAAAUUAGAGAAGGGGGACGGAGAAAAGCAGAGUUAUUUAUCCUGACGUCAAUUUGUAAACAAAAUGGCGAGCCGGGCUGGGAGGAGGAGCGCGACUUGAGCAAGAAGUAGCAAAUUACAGCUUAGGAGCUCUAAUUUUUAUUCAUUAAGUUAGCAGCAUGAAAUCUUUGAAGCCCUCUUACGCCUCGAACUUUUUGAUUCAAAGAAAACUGGCCGCCGGUAUGAGUUACAGAUAAGCAAGAGAGGGAUAUACACAGAAGCCAACUUUCUUUCAGUAAAAUGCUGAUACUCUUUCCAAUGGAAAGGAAAAAGGAACCCUGCUUUCAGCGUUGCAUCAAAUUCUGUCUGUAUUGCAACUUCUUCCUUUGCGCUGGACAUUACAAAUAAAAAGGAGCAAGUCAUUUUUUCCAAGAACGGCUACAUGACAGACGUUUGAGAUUCUUAAUGUAUUGUCCUUGGAUGUAUUUAUUUGUUUCAGUUUGGUUUCAAAGAUGUUAUUUAAGGAUGUAGUUUGGAUCAAUGUUCUCACACCUAGGUAGCAUUACUUGUUAACAUACUUCUUCGAUGUUCUGUCAUGAGUAAUUAUCGUUCAGUGAGAUAAGGCAUACCUUAGGCGAGCCUUCAAAAGAAUAUACACUCUAUAUUUCAACUAUACAGUAUUUAACCAUGGCCGUGAGGUCCAGGAGACCCUUGAUGAGUGUGAUCCUUGGGCUGAUUGUUGGAUUUACCGCGGCUUCUUGGCUUAUAGUCCCCAGAGUCCUGGAAAUCAGUGGCAAGAAGAGGAAAUCCACGAUCUGCUCUUACUACAGUAAUGUGGCUGGCAUCGGUAAAGUGGCUGAGAGUAUCGGCAGCAGUGCAAGCAGCAAUUCGUGGCAGAAGGAAAAAGACAACACUCUUUCCAGCCAGGAGGAAAGCGAGGAAGAGGAAGAGAGCAGAUACAGGACUGGCAAUGGCAGUGGAGAUGGCGGGGGACCUAUAUCGCGACCUAGGCAUUUCCUAUACGUUGGUGUCAUGACAGCUAAAAAAUACCUGGCUUCCAGAGCCGUAGCCGCUCACAGGACAUGGACUCGGUCGAUUCCUGGGAAGGUGGAGUUCUAUUCUAGCGAGGGAUCUGACAUUGUGCCUGUGCCCAUCUCCGUUCCUGUGGUCUCCCUGCCGGGGGUCGAUGACUCCUAUCCUCCGCAGAAAAAGUCCUUCAUGAUGCUGAAGUACAUGCAUGACAACUACCUGGAUACAUACGAGUGGUUCAUGCGGGCGGAUGACGAUGUCUACAUACGAGGAGACAAAUUGGAGUCAUUUCUUAGAUCCCUGAACAGCAGUAAACCUCUUUACUUGGGGCAGACUGGACUCGGUACUACAGAAGAGCUGGGCAAACUAGCGCUGGAGUCUGGAGAAAACUUCUGCAUGGGAGGACCUGGCAUGAUCUUCAGCCGAGAGGUGCUGAGAAGAAUGGUCCCACACAUCGGGGAGUGUCUGCGGGAGAUGUACACGACACAUGAAGAUGUGGAAGUGGGUAGAUGUGUUCGAAGAUUUGGAGGGACCCAGUGCGUCUGGUCGUAUGAGAUGCAGCAGCUCUUCUAUGAAAAUUACGAACACAACAAGAAAGGAUAUAUCCAGGAGUUGCACAGCAGCAAAAUCCACAACGCCAUUACACUUCAUCCCAAUAAGAGGCCUGCAUACCAGUACAGGCUGCACAAUUACAUGUUGAGCCGUAAAAUCUCUGAGCUGAGAUACCGCACAAUCGAGCUCCACCGGGAAGGAGUAGUCAUGAGCAAGCUGAGCAACAUGGAAGUGCAGAAGGAAGAUCAGCAACUGGGAAUGAUGCCUUCCUAUACUCGCUUCCAGCCAACAGAAAGAAGUGAAGUAAUUGAAUGGGAGUUCCUCACUGGGAAACUCCUGUACUCCAUGGCUGAAAACCAGGUGCCUCGGCAGGGACUCGGCAAAGUGUUACGGGCUGCUUUAGAUGACACGGUGCUUCAGGUGAUGGAGAUGAUUAAUGAGAACUCAAAGGCGAGAGGCCGUGUUAUUGAUUUCAAGGAGAUCCAAUAUGGCUACCGGAGAGUAGAUCCUUUACAUGGGGCAGAAUAUAUCUUGGAUUUGUUGCUUCUUUAUAAAAAGCACAAGGGGAGAAAGGUUACCGUGCCAGUCCGACGGCAUGCCUACCUCCAGCAGUCAUUCAGCAAACCCUUCUUUGCAGAAGCUGAGGAACUUGAUGUGGGAGAGCUUGUUGACACCAUUAACAGUGACUCUCAGUCCUUUUCUUUCCUCUCAAAUUCCUUUAAGAUCUUCUCUCCCUUCCAGUUUACUGAAGCAACCAAAGAGAUGAGGGAAAGGAACGAAAAAAAGAUCCACUUCCUUGUCCCUCUCACAGGAAGAUAUGAAAUUUUUGUGAGGUUUAUGGAGAACUUUGAGAAGACAUGCCUUAUUCCAAACCAGAAUGUAAAAUUAACUGUAAUUUUAGUAGACAAUGACUCUAACCAAGACAAAGAGAAGCAUUUGGAUCUGAUUAUGGAAUACCGUAAGAAGUAUCCCAAAGCUGAUGUAGCAGUCAUUCCCAUGACUGGAGAUUUCUCAAGGGGCUUGGCACUUGAAAUGGGAUCAUCACAGCUAGACAACAACACUUUGCUGCUGUUCUGUGAUGUUGACCUUGUGUUUAAUGCAGAUUUCUUGCAGCGGUGCAGAGACAACACCAUUCAAGGGGAACAGGUAUAUUACCCCAUCAUCUUCAGUCAGUAUGAUCCAAAAAUCGUUUAUGCAGGCAAUCCUCCAGAAGACAGCAACUUUGUAUUUACAAAGAAAAGUGGAUUCUGGAGAGAGUAUGGAUUUGGAAUCACAUGCAUAUAUAAAAGUGAUUUCUUAAAAGCAGGUGGUUUUGACACUUCAAUCCAAGGUUGGGGAUUAGAGGAUGUAGAUCUCUUCACAAAAGUCAUAAAUUCGGGAUUAAAGGCAUUUCGUAGUCAAGAGGUUGGAAUUGUCCAUAUUUACCACCCUGUUCACUGUGACCCAAACCUAGACCCUAAGCAAUAUAAGAUGUGCUUAGGGUCUAAAGCAAGUACUUACGCAUCCACGAUGCAACUAGCUGAACUGUGGUUGGAAAAGCACUUAGGUGUGGGGUACAACAGAACUUUGUCCUGACAUUCCAGUUCAUUCUCCCAUUUUGGGAGGUUACCUCAAGUUUUGUGUGACCUUGCAGAGCAGAUGAGUCACAUGUGCUCUUGACUGUGUAAGUGGCAGUGUGUAAGUCUGUUGUCUUGUUUGCUUUUAUUUGAAGUUAGUUUCUAUUCAGCCGUCUUCCAAAGGACUUCUGCACAUCCCAGUGGCAGUCCCUCCAUUAUUUUGAUAUACACCUGAAAGUGUUUGAUGCCGGGUUUCUUGUAUUUUUUUGUUUUGGCUUUACAUUUUGAGAAGAUCCAGUGCAUCAGAACUAUUCUCAGGAGCACAUCCUCCACAAAACCAAUGGCUACUUCAAAUGAAUGUGUGCUUUGUGGCUUUGUUCUGUAUAGGCUUUAAAGUACAGUGUUCACCAUGUUCCUUUUCAGGCUUUGCUGAACCCAAUGUGAUGAUGACAAUGAUAAUAAUAAUAAUAACAAUAAAAAUAAUAAUUAAACUGUUGAAAGUACCACAAAAGUGCUUUACGCUUCCACAGGGGAAGGAACUCUGUAAUAUAGUUUGAGUUUUCUAAUUUAUAUAAAGUCGUAAAAAUGUAAACAGAACUUUCGUCAUCUGCAGUAUUUUUAAAGUAUGUGAAUAAUUUUGAUGAUUGUAUCUUUAUUUUUAAAACUAUUUCCUUGACGUAAAAGGUACUGGAUACCGAUAUCCGCUGUCUCGAGACCAUUCUGAUAAAUGAUGUAUUUCUCUUUUUCAUGUGGCCAUGCUUAAAAAAGCAUUUUGAUUGCAUUGUUUCAGCUUUGUGAAUUUCAAGUCUUUCAGUUUGCUGACAAGAACUAAGAAAUUCUAUUAAAAGGGGUAAUUUAUAAUAAAGCAUAUACAUUAAAACUUUUAUAAAUA